AUGGUGCGGGAACAGCGCGGCCUCCCUGCCGCGGUGGUUGGCGGCCCAAAGGAACGGCACAUGCGGCAGAACCGGCCCCAGUUCGACCCGUCUGCGUUUCUGCCCGAAGACUUUUUGGCGAAGCCUUCCGUGCCCAAGUCCAAGCAUCAUACGUACUUUGAGUUUGCCACCAACGAGAACAAGAAGAAGAAACUCGAAUACCAGGUCACAAACGACAGAAAGCCGCCCCCGGGUUUCGAGUUUGUCCCCAUGGGCAAUCCCGACCUGACAACGGCCUGCAAAGAAAUCUCCCGAGAAAAAGAUGCCAUGAUCUUCAUUGUCUCCAACUCCAGACGCGGCACCGCAAACCAAAUUACUGGCCAAAUGGGCCGCAUCGGUUACCAUAUUCGGGCAAUGAUUGUCGAAGAGGCCAAGGCCAGCCUGAAGAACUUUUCGCAGUUGCCCGUCGUCGCCACGAAUGGAGCGCCUGAGCCGAUUCCCGAGUCGCAGGAAGAGUAUCAUGCACAGGCUGAUGCUGCUGUCAGAGAUUUGUUUCCUCGCAUUCCCAAUACUGAUCGCCAAGCCAUUGUUGAUUAUUCCUUUACUCGAGGUAUGUCCGCUAGAGGCACCGUGCCUGUCGGCCUUUCUAGGGAACUUCCAUUGGUCAGAAGAGUGCAGCUAGCCGUGCUGGCCCAUAUCCGCCAUACGCAUACACCAUAUGAUCGGCUACUCAAGUUCAAGGACGUAUCACGGGACGACGCUCGCAAAAUGGUUGAAAAGCGCUGCCUUGAUACCCUCGUCCAGUGGCGAGGCGAUGAAGAGACUGGCCGCGAUCAGUUAGACGAGAUUCUCCGCGAAGUGGUCGUUAUUUCCGACUCUGAAACCGGAGAUUCGGAGGACGAGUCUACUGAUGCCACCUCAGCCGAGGAUGCAGACAUGGAACUUGCAGUUGCGGGACCCUCAAGCCAAAGAUACUCCGUGCCACGGACUGAGUUGGAUACUGCCAUGGAUUUGCAAAUGGACCCGCCCGGAACUACUCCUGGACAAUUGCAGCCGUCCGUAUUAGACCCUAACCAACAGGUGGCCAAUUUCCAGAGGUGCAAUCAACGUGGUUUUAAGCGAUACCGUGCCUGGGAAGAAGCCAUCCGGCGAAAUAGAGAGGUUCGAGGCUCUUCCGCUGCCAUGGAAACUGACACUGGCUCGCACCCAGUCUAUUCCCAGCAACAGCCGCCACAAUCUGCUGCUUCGACGCAGCCAGUCUAUGGAACUGCAUUUGCAGCAGCGGCUUCUCGGCCCAUGACGCCGCCGUCCCAGGAUGUACCACUUCCCUCGAUAGAGACCAUGUCGCCACAGACGAUGGAACCAUCAUUUGUGCGUCGCAUACCCCUUCGUGGGACUGUGGACAUACAGCAUCCAGACACCUGGGACCAACCUCAGUACCAAGCCAACGUACCUGGGAGACAUGCGCAUAUUAUGGUACCAUCUGGAUCUGCAUUGCAGUACUCGGGACCGCCUCCUCAGGCCCCCGCAUAUCCGUAUCAAGCACCGUACGGGACAGCAGUACAUAUGCGUGCUUCAAGGCAGGCACAAGGUUCCGCCGCCGCUCAUAGGAUUAUAAUGGAUGUCAACCGGCCAGGAGAGCGCUCCAACCCCAUCGUUAUGGAGGAUAGGGGAGGAUUUUACGAGCGCGUCACCCAGCCGGAGGAACAGAGGAUUUCUGUCCUGGAGCCACCCAUUUUGAUUCGCGAAGUUCGCCGCUGGUCUCGGCCCCCAGAGCCAUAUGGAAGCCGCAUGUAUGUCGCUCGUCGCGAGAGUCCGAUGGUGCAUGACCACGACAUGGACGGCGUCGAGUUGUAUCACGCUCCGCCCCCGCGCGAAACCACCCAUAUGAUACCUCAAUGGGGACCUCAGUACCACAACGGUCCGUCACAGCCGGUUCCUCUGGCAGUCUCUGACCUUCGGGACCACGGGGCGAUACAUGUUCGCGCCCUGUCGCAGCCCCCUUCCCACGCGGAGCACCAAGGGGGAUUCCCAUCACCUCGUAGGGACGUAAAUCAAAGCAGCCGGGGCACCAGAGAUGGCCAGUAUGCGCACGCACAGACUCGAGGACAUGGGUACCGGUCACCGCCAACCCCGGCAUCGCCACGACGGCAUGGGCCGCGAGGGAACGUCAUUGUUCUCGAUUGA